CGUCAUCAUCUGGCUUAAAGGGCGGUGUCUAUUUGUACACGAAAGCAGCCAUUCGUGAAUAUGGUGUACAUUGUGCUGUAUUAAGUGCUUUCUUAAUCCGACUAAAAAAACGUAAAACAAACAUUUUCUGUCGAACUAAGACGAAUCUCUCGUUUUGGAAAAACUUGAUAAAGGCGUCGGGCAAAACAUGGGGAAUUGCCAUACGGUGGGACCAAACGAAGCCUUAGUGGUGUCAGGUGCAUGCUGUGGCUCAGAUGAGAAGAGCUAUACAGUGGGAGGCUGGGCUUGGGCGUGGUGGCUUAUCACUGACAUUCAGAAACUAUCUCUGGAGAUAAUGACCAUCCUGUGUCGCUGUGAGAAUAUCGAAACUUCGGAGGGUGUCCCCUUGGAUGUGACAGGGGUCGCUCAGGUGAAGGUCAUGACCGACAAAGAGUUGCUGGGUUAUGCCUGUGAACAGUUCCUGGGCAAGACAGUGGCAGAAAUUAAAAGUGUCAUUCUGCAGACACUGGAGGGUCACCUCCGCUCUAUUCUGGGGACCCUGACAGUGGAGCAGAUCUAUCAGGACAGAGAUCAGUUUGCUAGGCUGGUGAGGGAGGUGGCAGCUCCUGAUGUGGGCAGGAUGGGUAUUGAGAUCCUGAGCUUUACUAUUAAGGAUGUCUAUGAUAAGGUGGAAUAUCUGAGCUCUUUAGGGAAAUCUCAGACUGCUGCUGUUCAGAGAGAUGCUGAUAUUGGAGUAGCAGAAGCCGAAAGAGACGCUGGAAUCAGGGAAGCAGAAUGUAAGAGGGAGAUGAUGGAUGUGAAGUUCCAAGCCGAUACAAAAAUGGCCGACUCAAAGCGAGAGCUGGAAAUGCAGAAAGCUGCUUUCAAUCAAGAAGUAAACACGAAGAAAGCUGAGUCACAGUUAGCCUAUGAGCUUCAGGCAGCCAAAGAACAGCAGAAGAUCCGACUGGAGGAGAUCGAGAUUGAGGUCGUCCAGAGAAAGAAGCAGAUCUCCAUUGAGGAAAAGGAAAUUAUGAGGACAGAUAAGGAGCUUAUCGCCACUGUGAGGAGACCGGCUGAGGCAGAGGCCUACAAGAUGCAGCAGCUCGCAGAGGCACAGAAGAUGAAGAAAGUGUUGACCGCACAGGCUGAAGCAGAGAAGAUCAAGCGUAUUGGAGAGGCAGAGGCUGGUUCUAUUGAAGCUGUUGGUAAAGCUGAAGCACAGAGGAUGAAACUCAAAGCUGAAGCUUAUCAGCAGUACGGAGAGGCUGCCAAAACCGCCCUCGUCCUGGAGGCUCUGCCAAAGAUUGCUGAGAAGGUCGCAGCACCUUUGUCCCGUACCAAUGAGAUUGUCAUCCUGAGUGGAGAUGGUGGCCGUGUCACUGGGGAAGUUAAUCGUCUGUUGGCUGAACUUCCUGUUUCUGUGAACGCCCUUACAGGGGUGGAUUUGUCCAAGAUACCACUGCUGCAGAAAAUGACCAAUCCUCAGGCUUGAACACCCAGCUGCCUUCUCAACACUUCCCUAUCAAUAUCCUUGAAAAGAAACACUUGAAAGCCAUUUUACUUCUACAGAAAUGAGAAAUUUAAUUUUCUAGACUAAACUGAAUUUUCUGAACUCUUUGCUAUUGUGAAUCACUGUUUGCCUUAUUUGUCGGUUUUAUUUUUGCCUGUUUUUAAACCGCAUACCUCAUUACUGUUAUUCUGACAGAGCUG